AUGGUGACACCCCCGGCUGUCCUGUGCCUCCUCGCCUGGCUCCUGCCGCCCGCCGCCGGCCACCUCUGGGCAUGGAUGUUCUCCUUGCCGCAGCACUCGCCAGAUGCGGCCGCGCUGGGCAGGAGCCCCGGGGCGCAGCUGGAGGAGGUCCCCCCGUGCAGCGCGGCCGCCCCCUGCGCCCAGGGGCAUUUCUGCGACGAGCACUUCGGGCUGUGCCUGCCCGCCCGGCCCGCGGGCCACUACUGCCGCCACGACCCGCACUGCGCCCCGGGGCUCGUCUGCAUCUUCGGCAAGUGCCAGCAGCCCGCGGCCCCCGGGCAGGACGGAGCGCGCUGCCAGCGGGACGAGGAGUGCGGGCCCGGCGGCUGCUGCGCUCGCCAGCACGGGGAGCGCGUUUGCCAGCGGCGCCUGGCGCUGGCCCAGAGCUGCCACGUGCCGCCCGGGGGACUCGCCUUCAGCAUCAACCAGGUGUGCCCGUGCCAGCCCGGGCUGGUGUGCCGGCCCUCCGCGCCCGCCAGAGAGUGA